UGUCAAAGUGAAGAGUGCCACAGUCCUAUUAUUCAACAUUCCUCCACUUGCUUCUGAAGCGUGCAGCGGAUAUAAAAUUGCACUUCAAGAUUUGCUUAAUCUGAACAAUUAGUAUAGUGAACGUACUCUGUUCAAGACCGCGCACCUGCACAACAAACGAAUCAAUUUUCAGGUUAAAUAACUUGCAGAUCAUUCAAUGAGGAACAAAAGUCAUCUGCUGAUUUUGAAAUUCAUAUUUCUCGGCUUGUCUCUCGGUGUGAUUGCAAUAGUUUAUUACAUUAUAAGCAACGACUCAGGAUCAGUAAUCAAAAUCCAAAAUGAGCAUGACAAACCUGCCUUGUCUGCACGGGAAGAAGUCCUUGACAUUGAUGAUACAAUAUUCACGGAGGAUCUCAAAAAAAUUAUGUUGGAAAAAUCCCACCCGAAUAUAUUUGUAGCGCACCUGGACGAAGGUGGACCUCAGAUAAAUGCAACCUGCGCACAUUACAUCAAUGCUCUUGACAUAGAAUACAAUAACAUUUACUGGCAAAAGCAGAAAACCAUCAACGAGACUUAUUAUUUCUACGGCGCGUAUUACGACAACCGAGUUUUAGUUGACGGCAAUGUGAUAAGGAUCGUCGGCAUGGUCGACAAACUCGAUCCAGGCGAGCUCUACUGCCAAAUUUGGUACACAAAUGAGCCGCAACCAAUUAUAUCCAAGGUCCACCACGCGCAAUACAUGUGGUAUACAUACUGGGGCUAUCAAAAUGCAGCCCUGCAACCAUACCUUUGGAGCUGUCGAAUACCGGACGAGUUUCAAUCCCGAGUGCCAGAGUCAGUUUCUCUUGUUGGGCAUCCGUGCCAAAAUCCGAGCAACAACCUCCGGGUCGUGUACAAUUUGCCCGAAUCUGGAGAGAAGGAAAACUUUGCAGUGUGCGUGAAAGGGUUGAAUUUUAUGCACAGUGCCCACACGUCAGUCCGUCUGAUCGAAUGGAUCGAGCUUUUAAAAAUGCUCGGUGCAAGCAAAAUUAUUUUCUACGAACUUGCGACUCAUGCAAAUAUUUCCAAAGUUUUGGAUUAUUAUUCAAGAACGAGGAAUGUGGAGGUGAUUAAAACUACCCUACCUGGACCUUACGCCAACAUCCCAGAGUUUAUGGGAACGUUCUUGCAGAAACGCCUCCAAGUUCAAAUAUUUCAAGAAAUGAUCCAGUACAACGACUGCUUUUAUCAAAAUUUUCACAAGUUCAAGUAUAUCACCUUGUUGGACCUGGACGAGGUAAUCCUACCUUUGAGUGUUAAAACGUGGCACGAGCUAAUUUUCAACGUUUCGCUUCCCAAAGCUGUUGCAGCGAAAAACAUUACUUAUGCAUCUUUCAUCGCGCGCAACGUCCACUUCAUGGACGACCGGAAAGAGUACAAUGACUGGUUCCCGGACAUCCCUCAGUACAUGCACAUGCUGCAGCACGUCCUCCGAAACACCAAACACGUUCCACCUGGCGAAGGAAUCAAGGCGUUCCACAACACGGACUUGAUUUUGUCCCUGCACAACCACUUCGCCAGGGCAUGCAUUGCGUCUGACACAUUUUGGUGCGACUAUUACGAUUUUGAUCUGAAAGAUGCACAUUUGCAGCACUACUGUUCCGGUAGAAAUAAAGAAGAGUGCAUGACGACAAGGGAGGGAAAUUUGACGUUAGACACGUCAAUGUGGAGGUACAAAAAUGAGUUGAUUGAUGCCGUCAGGGAAACUUUGCACAAGACUGGAUUUUUGAAGUAGUUCAAGUGAUAUAAAUUCAUCUUUGUUUAAACUGAUAAACGACAGUUCUUCAGUGGGUUUAAGUGUCGUUUAUGUUUAGCAAAACUGUAUUUUUUUUUGCCGAAUUAUGUCGGGCGUUUCCGACAUCAUCAAGUUGUGAUACACAACUUAUCUCCUUUUUAUAUUUUUGUAUUUGAUCGAGUUAUAAAAAUUAUAACCCAUUGUGGAGUUGCUUAUUUCAAUUCAAUUAACAUGUUUCAAUAAACAAUCGUUGAUAGUGAACAAGCCUUUUAAAAAAACAAUUAA